AUGUCGCAGGGUCCGCCGGACGCGGGGCAGCUCAAUGACCUGCCCGACCACUCUCCGCUGGUGCGCGGUGCCGUGUCCGAGCUGCGGCGGCGGGCGGAGGCAGAGCCCGGCCAGCGCUGGCCGCAGCCGCUCUCCGAUGCUUUCCUGGUGCGGUUCCUGCGCGCCCGAGACUUCCACCUGGACCUGGCUUGGAGGUUAUUGAAGAAUUAUCAGAAGUGGAGAAUUGAAUGCCCAGAAAUAAGUGCAGAUUUACAACCAUCUUCUGUUCUUGGUCUUUUGCAAGCUGGCUAUCACGGAGUCCUAAGGUCAAGAGACCCACAUGGAAGCAAAGUUCUAAUAUACAGAAUUGGACAAUGGGAUCCCAGUUUAUUUACAGCAUAUGAUGUGUUUCGUGUAAGUCUCAUCACAUCUGAACUCAUUGUAAAGGAGAUCGAGACUCAGCGAAAUGGAGUCAAGGCCAUCUUUGACCUUCAAGGAUGGAGAUUUGCUCAUGCUUUUCAAAUCAGUCCAGCAGUGGCCAAGAAAAUUGCUGCUGUUCUCACAGAUUCCUUUCCACUGAAAGUUCGAGGUAUCCACUUGAUUAAUGAGCCUUUAUUCUUCCACCCAGUCUUCACUCUAAUUAAGCCUUUUCUCACUGAAAAAAUAAAGCAACGGGUGUACAUGCAUGGAAAUAACUACUUGCAGAGUCUCACCGAACACUUCCCUGUCAGCAUUCUCCCACAGGAAUAUGGGGGGGAGGAAGUCUCCAUUGAAGAGCUGGCCAAGGAAUGGACUGACUUCAUAAUGGCAUCUUCAGAUUAUCUUCAGAGCAUUUCUCUGGUUGGUUAGGAAUAACCUUAAUAGAGUGUUUUAUCAAUUCUUGAACACUGGAAUUGGAAAAAAGUUUAAUAUGACAACUAUUUUCUAUUGUGAGUGAAACCAGGGCAAUCACUGAAUGCUAUAUUGGCUGCACUUUUAUAGUAACUGGAGUCUAUCACUUUGUAUGUCUGAAAAGAUUAAUGAAUUUUACAUAUUUGUUGCACUUUUUGUAAUUGAGUAACUUGUAUGCCAGAAAGCUGAAGAGUGCAUUGCGUAUCAGAUUGAUACUCCUGCUGUUAGGUCUCUUUGGGACAACUCACCUGUAACAAUGCAGUCCAGAAGCUUACGCUUAGCUCUUGUACCUUGGCUUGUCAAGACAACAGGAUACAAAACAAAGUGAAAAAACAAAAAAACUGUGAAUAGGGUAGAGUAGUUUGUUGCAAAUAUAAGACUAUAGGGCUAAUUAAUUUACAAGGAGUGAAGAGGCUGCUUUUUGGAUUGAUUCUCAGGGAAAAAAUGCUGCUUUGUGUCAAAUUGAAAAUUAGCCAUAGUAAGACAUUUGUGUUACUCUUUGUGCUGCUUGUGCACCUUCCCUUUUUUGUGCUAAUUAACGGAGUAAUCUUCAAGUUUUAUAGAGAAAACACCAUCUACGUAUUCUUCAAAGGACAGUGUGAAUCAGGAGAAGGAGCUGGUAAGAGUCAAAACAACUCUGAAAAUUCUUAUUUUCUUUCUUCAAAGUGAUACUAUCUAUGGUCAACUAUAAUCAACCCAGAUUAUUAUCCUUUAUUCCCUAGUGUAGAGGACUACAAAGGUCAAAAGUUUCCAGCUGUUUGCAUUAUCUGUUUGUUUCAGGGUGUAAAGUAGGUUAACCUUUUCGGAUCUGAACUUUAGAAAUAUCUGUUGUAUGUUUUAAGGGUGUUUUGAGGUCACUUUGGACCUCAGCACAGGAGAUGAUUGGUAUUGUAAUUUUAUUUUCAGUACAGUAAUUGACAGUUUGCAAGUCUAUUUGCUGCUGGGCACUGAAAGAAAUGAUUUUUAAUUUCCAGUGAGACUACAUCUUCAUUUCUAUUGGGGUAAUUAAAAUAAACCAAAACCUCCAUACUUACUGAAAACAGGUUUUUGGUUUGUUUUGAAAGGGCAUUGUUGACAUAUGAAUACUGCAUGUGUGAAAGCUAUCACUCACACUACACUGCAGUAUCAUGCUGCAAUCCCCUGUAUUUAGUAAUCCCAACCAUUAUUUUACUUUUCUCUCAGCUUUCUCCUAAACUCUCUGUUAGUACACCAACUAAUAGAAUUCAUUUACCCAGUUCUUAACUUUGUUUUUGCAUAAGCACUAUAUAUUUAAGCAUUCCGUAUGAAUUUUCCUAUAAAUAAAUACAUUAAAAAAUGCUUUUUUCUCAGGUAGCUAGAAAUGAUAACUUCAGUUAUUUUGUAAUCUUUGGGACAUUGGGAUGGUAUAUAGGCAUAGGGGACAGAAAUGAAACUAUCCUAUUAGAAAUUUCUUACUUUAGAUUAUGAUUAGGAAGGCAUUAUUGCAAGAGUCCUUGGAAACUAUUCUUUUUAGCAAGAGGAACAUCUGUGAAAGACCCAUGAGAGUACUUGCUGGUUGUAGUUUCUUCUGGUGUGGUAAGAUCAAUGCCAGAAAUUCUUUCAAAACUGACAACUUUUUUUUCCUUUCUUCCAAUUUCUGAAUUUCCUCACGUGCCUUUUUAAUUUUUCUCUCAAAAUAUUUUUGAAAUGGGGCCUAAAUUUAAAGAAACCUUUUUUCAGAUACAUGAUUCUAUGGAAAUGUAUUUCACAUAUAUUUCUUUUUCUCAGAUUGAACUAUUUUGUGAUACAAAAGCUCCUUAAAUAGAGGAGUUCGAUGAGCUGCGAAUUCUUUAUAAGAAAAUAGACUAAGUAGUCAGGUAUCUGGCAAUUGCUCAAGUGUGUAACUCAAGUUCCAAGUAAUUUACCAGCUGGAGAACCGAAGCUAUUGUCUUAAUAUUGCAGUCCUUUAAUUUUAAUUUGUGAAUGUAAACUGCACAAAGGAAUGAACCAUGUUUCAGUGAACAAGAAAAUUUAAACUUUUCCUAUGAAACCAAUCUCUGAUUGCUACUGGUUCAUGUAGCAGAAACCUCAUUUGAUUGCAUAUGUAUAUGCAUAUUUAGCUGGGGCUUUUUAAUCUUUAUUUGGACUUUACCAGCUCUAUGAAUAUAAAGUCCUAAAUGUCUUCAGAAAUACCCUGAUCCUGUUAUUAAGUGGUAGCAUGUUUGCAUAACUCAACAGUUAGAGCACUGAUUGCAGUUAUUUUUUCCUGAACUGUUAAUUAUUUUUUAAUGUUUACAUAUUAUAUAGGAGGUGGGAAACCUUACUUGCUAUUGCUGCUAAUAAUAAGGACACAAGAUAGCUGGAACAUUUACAUAAUGAAUAGUGGAGAUAUUGGUAUGAUAUGUGGUGGUGUUGCAGCUUUGAGCAGCAGCCAACAAAACAAAGAUCCCUAAGUGCAUUAUUCUUUAUAAACAUUGGGAAUGCCUUAAAAAAAAAAAAAAUCUCCUGUUAAACGGUGCAAAUAUAUUUUACUACUGACUCUAAACACGAUGUAA